ACCCGCCACGCGUUCCAGUACGUGGGACCCUACCGGCUGGAAAAGACCCUCGGCAAGGGUCAAACAGGUCUCGUUAAAACGGGCGUACACUGCGUUUCCGGCAAAAAGGUGGCGAUAAAGAUCAUCAAUCGUGAGAAGCUUUCGGAAAGUGUUUUACAAAAGGUAGAACGCGAAAUCGCCAUUAUGAAGCUCAUCGAACAUCCUCACGUUCUCGGUCUCUACGACGUCUACGAGAAUUCCAAGUAUCUAUACCUUAUCUUGGAACAUGUUUCUGGGGGAGAGCUUUUCGACUACUUGGUGAAAAAGGGCCGCCUCACGCCGAAGGAAGCCAGGCGCUUCUUUCGGCAGAUCAUCUCCGCUUUGGAUUUCUGCCAUUCGCAUUCUAUUUGCCAUCGAGACUUGAAACCCGAAAACCUAUUGCUGGACGAGAAGAACAAUAUCAAAAUUGCCGAUUUCGGUAUGGCAUCGUUGCAAAUGGAUGGUUCCAUGCUGGAAACGUCCUGCGGUUCGCCUCACUACGCAUGUCCUGAAGUUAUCAGGGGGGAUAAAUACGACGGUCGGAAAGCCGAUGUUUGGAGUUGCGGAGUUAUCCUCUACGCCCUGCUGGUGGGUGCCCUGCCGUUCGACGAUGACAACCUUCGUCAGCUGCUCGAGAAGGUAAAGCGGGGUGUUUUUCACAUCCCGCACUUCGUGUCGCCCGACUGCCAGGAUCUGCUCCGUUCUAUGAUUCACGUGAGCCCUGAGAAGCGAUUCUCACUCGCUCAAAUCAUGCGACACCCGUGGGUCACAGCAGGCAGCAAGGUGGAGUUGGAGAACGAGCUGCCAAUGAAAGAAAUGGUGCAAACGCAUAUUGUGCCUUCAUCCGAGGAUCUCGACCCCGACGUCCUCGGAUGUAUGUCCUCCUUAGGCUGCUUCAAAGACCGUAAUAAACUCGUCAACGAGUUGCUCUCCCCGUGUCACAACAACGAAAAAGUUAUAUAUUUUCUGCUACUAGAUCGGAAAAACCGACGGCCGGCGUACGAAGACGAAACAGAAGUUAUUAUACGGAAUCGAUCUGAAUCAGCAGAUCCCCCUCGGAAACGCGUCGACCAGGCGCCCGCAUACUCGCGAAUAAACGGCUGUUACGAGAACAUGCUGCUCAGUGAAGGGUCUCCUGUCACAGGCAGAAGAUAUUUCCCAGCCGCCAUGGGAUCACGGCGAAGCUCAACGACGUCGCUGACGGGGAUGUCACCUCAGCUCUCACCUUCGAACCGAUGCAAUUCUCCGCGAAUUCUCCACGAUCAACAGAACAAUGGACAUGCUCAUUCGCCUCUACUGGGCCAUGCGUCUCUGGGUCAUCCGCACGAGCUCAACAAGGGCGCAACGCCACCCGGUUCACCCGGUACACCGUACUGGCGGAACCGAAUCCAUAACACAAUCAAAAACUCGUUCCUUAUGGGAUCCCCUAGGUUCCAUCGGAGAAGUAAAAUAGCACAACCACCCUCUGGAGGUUUGACGCCAGAAUCCUCUCCCGAACUCUCGAAGAGGUCGUGGUUUGGUGGCUUCCUGACCCCAAUGACUGCAGGCUCCCCGCUUAUGGGAGAGCGGAAGAGGAGCGCCACUUCAGCGGAGGACAGUCGGACCACAAUCGUUAUCCAGAACCGUCAGCUCAGCUCGCUCAAAGCCGACCUGAUUCACGCGUUCCUUUCGGUGUCGGACCUCUCGCACAGCGUUGUGUCGCCGACUUCGUUCCGCGUGGAGUACAAACGCGGCCACUCCUCCUCCCGUUCGAGUCCUGCCUCGCACUUCCAGAGGAACGUUCGCUUCAACGUUGAUCUCCUGCCGCAAGAGACGGAAUCCGUCGUCGGAGGCCACUCGACAGACGUGGAGCCGACGAGUUUCGUCAUCACUUUCACCCUCGUCUCCGGAUCUGUGCGGCGUUUCAAGAGAAUCACGGAGCACAUUCAAGGCCUCAUAACCGGAGGUCAUCCCGUAACGUCUGGAGCGACGCCCAUUCACCUUAACCGUGCCAGCAACAACUCAUCUGAUCUCAGCGACAGUUCAUCGUAUACAGAAGACAUCGGUCCGCCGUCAUGCGAUCCUCUAGGAGUAUCUGUCCCUGUCGAGAGUUGUGUCUCGAAGUACACCCUCCCUGUGGGCAGUCCGUCGGGGGCUUCACCCCGACACCUGUCCCGCUGCAAGUCCGACCAGGAGCCCGUUGUACAUAUUCCGCCACUCAACACUCGUCGUUCGAGCUACAGUUCCCGCGAUGACGUGUGA